GUCGUCGUCUUCUUCCUCGCGAAACUUCGAACUCGUAAGGUUUUUCUUCAGGAAUCGAUUAACACAAAUUCUUCACUCUGACUCGAUCUCUCCCUCUAUCGAAUUAUCUGGAAAUGCAUUCUCAAGGAGACGCCGCCAGAACUCGUAUUUGGUCUCUUCAACAUGUCGAGCUGGAUGCUAUCAGAAACCUAGUCAAUAGUUAUCUACAGAGAGACCCGGAGACCUCUUUGACUGCUAUGGAACGGAUUCGUCUUCUUCUUCAGCAUCUGGUAACUGAGACCAAAGAUUGGCUCUCUUUGGUGCGUCUUCCCAGAAACAAGAACCCAGCACCGUUGCAACUCCAAGCUGAAGGGGAACUUCAAUUGAUUCCCAUUGACUUCACAUGUCCAUGAGUUAAUCAACACAAUGAGUGCUGAUAUUGAUGUGCUGAGGGAAUACUACAGUGAAAUCAGCAUGUGUUCUGCAUUUCAAGGGAUUUCACCCUCAGGCAUGUAUCUAUUGGUUUCUAAUUAUGUUUCUCGGGUGAUAGACAUGCUUCAUGUGUUGGUGUCAGAUGAGAUUAAGGUACAAAACGUAGAAGACCUUGGGUAUCUGAUCUGGAAAACUAGGAGCUCAACUCUAGAGAGGCUAAUGACUGGACUUUUGUAUAGUUUCCGCAGACAUGACAACCCUCAGCCUCGGGGUUCGCUUGCUAAACUGGGGCGCAUACAACAAUGCCUUCAGCACGUGCUCUGCAUCUCAAGUGACUUCAUCUUCACUCAUCAUCUCGUGCCCAUCCCCAAACCACAGCCAGCCUCAUUUCCAAUACCUCAACUAUCACCCUCUAUGGAUCGUGACUCAGUAUUGUCUUUGGUAACUCAGCAAGUUUCCAAUGCGGUGCAUCUCAUGGAUUUGAUUGAUGAUUGUUUGGUUCUGAUUGGUGAAUAUGAUCUUGAUAAGUUGAAGAUGGAUGAUUUGGCAAAAUUUCAUGACUUGGUCAGCAGAGUCAAUACUCUCUUGGAAAAGAGGGCUUUGGCAGAGGGAGCUGUGCAUGAAGAAGAAGCAUAACAGGACUAAGCUAGUAGGCGUUUGCAGAUGAUUUUACAGAAGGAGGUAAGUAUGAAUAGAUAGAGGAAGAGUAAUAACGACAUUAGUUGUUGAGUGUAGUACAGCUUAUGGAAUCUAUUGUGUGUUAUGUUGCCUUAUCUACGGUUGUCAUUCCCGAUGUCAACAAUGUACAUCACAAUAACAACAAAUUCUGCGUCAACCAAUUACUACC